AUGGAGCCAGACCCUAAAAAAUUAGGUGAAUCCUUAGAAAUAGCAAUGAGAGAAGGAAACUUCACUGAAGCUUUAAAACUUAUAGAUGCCUUACAAAGCACAGGUGCUGAGGUCAAGUUUAAGAUGGUACCCAAAAUGCGUCAAAAAAUCCCUUCAGCUCCUAUACAAAAAAGACCUGCUAAUAAAGAGCCGCAAAAAAUAGAUCCGCCCCCUUCAAAUGGUUUACUAGAAAAUUAUCCGUGAAAUAAUCAACCAAAAAUUCCCAAGAAAAAUGAUAUUCAUGAAAAAAUUCCACCUCAAAAAAUAAAUGACCCUCAAAAUAACCUUCAACAAAUUCCACCUCAAAAAAUAAAUGACCCUCAAAAUAACCUUCAACAAAUUCCACCUCCUCCUUUAAACAAAGUAUACAACCCUCCUCCAAAUCUUGCUCAAAAUUUUCAGCCUGUGAAUAUUGCUGAAGCUCUAGAUUCUGGUCUCCCUGAUUUGCCUUAUGGUUUACAUCAAAUUAAUCCUAUGGCAAUUCCUAAAGCAUUUUUUAGACCUCCUGAACCUCUUAGAAAUCCUGAACCUCCUGGACCUGGUAUAUUUCCUAAGGCUCCUCCAGUGCCUCCAUCUCCUAGCUAUCAUGAUCCUAAUUUAAUGCCUCGAUUUUCUGAGCCUGCCUUAUAUAGACCUUUUGAGCCUGCUAUAUUUCCUAGACCAUCUGAGCCUAUCUGACCUCAAAAAGCUCCUGAUCUCAAUAGACAGCCUAAUCCCGCUAUAUUUCCUAAAGCUCCAGAACCAGCUCAAAAGUCUUUUGAGCCUAUUAAGCCCAUUAAGCCACCUCCAAAUCUCCUCGUUCAAAAUAACACACUUAUAAUCCCACAACAAAAAAAUCCAGGCCCUCAAGAUUUUUUCCAAAAUUUCGAACAUCCUCAAGCAAAACUCGCAAAUAUAAAUAUUCCUAAUGAAAUAGAAAUACCUGAGGCAGAUAAUCCGUCUCCAAACAAAUAUUUAGACGAUAGUCCAGAAGCAAGGAUGAAAAAACUGCAAGAAAAUACUGAAAAAAUCUAUAAGACAUUAUUAGAGUGGGGAUGUGAUGAAGAAAAAGCAAGAAAAAUAUCCAAACAAGUAAGCACCAUUGAAGCAGCAGGGGAAAAAUAUUUUGGCUAG